GGGGCCCGCAAGGAGGGGGCGCUGCGCUGCGGCGCACAAAGGCGGAGGCUCCGCGAGCGGCAGGGCGUGUUUGGGGCGUGCGCGAGGUUGUGUCCAGGGUCCCGGGCGCUCCGCGCCAGCCGCGCUAGGGUGUCGGUCCCCACGCGGGCGAGCAGCGUAGACCCCUGAGCCAGGAGGGGAGAGAACCCUGACCCCUGACCCCACUGCAUCCAGCCAAUAGGAGCCCAGCCACCAUGGCGGAGCUGCAGGAGGUGCAGAUCACAGAGGAGAAGCCGCUGUUGCCAGGGCAGACGCCCGAGGUGGCCAAGGAGGCUGAGUUAGCUGCCGGAAUCCUCCUGGACCAGGGACAGACUCACUCUGUGGAGACACCUUAUGGCUCUGUCACUUUUACUGUCUAUGGCACCCCCAAACCCAAACGCCCAGCGAUACUCACCUACCAUGAUGUGGGACUCAAUUAUAAAUCUUGCUUCCAGCCGCUGUUUCAAUUCGGAGAUAUGCAGGAAAUCAUUCAGAACUUCGUGCGAGUUCAUGUGGAUGCCCCUGGAAUGGAAGAGGGGGCUCCUGUGUUCCCUUUGGGAUAUCAGUACCCAUCUCUGGACCAGCUGGCAGAUAUGAUCCCUUGCAUCCUGCAGUACUUAAAUUUUUCCACAAUAAUUGGAGUUGGUGUUGGAGCUGGGGCCUACAUCCUGUCACGAUAUGCUCUUACUCACCCGGAUACAGUCGAAGGUCUUGUCCUCAUCAACAUUGAUCCCAAUGCCAAGGGCUGGAUGGAUUGGGCAGCCCACAAGCUAACAGGCCUCACCUCUUCCAUUCCGGAGAUGAUCCUUGGACAUCUCUUCAGCCAAGAGGAGUUGUCUGGAAAUUCUGAGUUGAUACAAAAGUACAGAAAUAUCAUUACACAUGCACCCAAUCUGGACAACAUUGAACUGUACUGGAAUAGCUACAACAACCGCCGAGACCUGAACCUUGAGCGUGGAGGUGCUGUCACCCUCAAGUGCCCUGUGAUGCUGGUGGUAGGAGACCAAGCACCCCAUGAAGAUGCAGUGGUGGAAUGUAACUCAAAGCUGGACCCCACCCAGACCUCUUUUCUCAAGAUGGCUGACUCUGGAGGCCAGCCCCAGCUGACUCAGCCAGGCAAGCUGACCGAGGCCUUCAAGUACUUCCUGCAAGGCAUGGGCUACAUGGCCUCAUCCUGCAUGACUCGCCUGUCACGAUCGCGCACAGCCUCCCUGACCAGCGCAGCAUCCAUUGACGGCAACCGGUCCCGCUCUCGCACCCUGUCCCAGAGCAGCGAGUCUGGAACUCUCCCUUCAGGGCCUCCAGGGCAUACCAUGGAGGUCUCCUGUUGAGUGACCUUUGUUGCCCUGGUGUAGGACCCAGCCCUCACCUCCCCCAGCACUAACCUGGGAGGUGCAUAGGGCUAGGGCACUGGGCCAGAGUAAGGGAAGAUGGGCAGAUCAUGUGGGGAGAUGACCUUGAUCUUUGAUUGCUACCCUAACCUUGACCUCUAACCUGUGAUUCCCCUCAGCUCCUGGGAGAGAUGUCCCAAUAUCUCUUAGGGACCCAGACCCCUAAAGUAUCCCUCUCCCUCAUUGUGGUGUUAAGGUGGUGAGGGCACGUACCCCUCUCCCUAAUCUAGGUGUCUGUUGAUAAGGGACAAGAGGUUGUUGUAGUUGCCCAUGUGCCUCCACCAGACUCUCCCUACUUAUCCCAUUGCAAGGGUGGGGGACUUGGGGCCAGGACUCCAUUCACCAAAUCUGAUAGGGCUUCUCAUGAACCCUUCAGAUCUCUGACGGG